GUAGAAUACAGCUCAAACCUUACUGUGUUGCUGGAAAAUAAUUUGCUAUAUUGAAUUUAAAAAUUCAUUUCAAAUUCAGCGAAAUGAAACCAGAAGAGAAAGAUUUGAUACGUAGAAACGAACCUGAAUUAGUUAAGGAUAUAAUUCCUUCGAGCUUAUUGAGUUGGUUGUUGUGUUUAACAAACGAAGAUAAGGAAGUUAUCACAGCAGAGGAAAGAAACUAUGGACCAAUAAAAGCCUCGAUAACUUUGUUAGACCGUUUAAAAAGACGAGACGAAGCAUUUCAACAGCUAGUUGUUGCUUUAAGAAAAAAUAUGCUAGGUCAUUUGGCAUUACUCUUGGACCCAGACAAUAAAGUUGAAGAUUAGAAAUUUGUUGAAAUCGAGGCACUUGUAGUAUAGUUUCCUCCAGCCAUAUCUAGAGAAGUGCUCAAGAAUGAAGGAAAUAUCUUACAAAUAUCAAGAAAUGUAAUGAAAGACAAUAGUUAUUAAGAAUAUUAAUGAUGAUGAGGGGAUUGAGGUAUGUUGUGCUGCCUGUAUAUUAGUCAUCAAAUCUUCAUAGCAUGAAUAUUCACUUUGUUUCAGAUGUCUCUCAUAGGGUUUACCAACUUGGUAAUAACACUUUAUCCAUCAUAAAAAGGUGUCGAUAAACUGUUUUUCAUUAAACAAAUGUAGUGAAUUAUAAACAAUAUUGUUACACCCAAUUAAAUGUCAACAUAUUUUUUACAGUUGUGGACAAGUGUAAACAAAUAUGGGCAGCACAAUAUUAAAUGAUGUGAAAACUUUUAAUUUUUCCCAUAUUUCUCAAAUUACAUUAAAGGUGCAGCUUUAAAACCCAGCCAAUUGCUAUUAUUGUGUUGAACCACCAGUAAAUCACAAAACCAUUAAAGUCUGUAAAUUUAAAAUACUUUCUAUAGUUUUGCAAUAGGUGUACGAGGGAAAUCCAGCAGUUGCAUUUACCUUCUUUAG